UCGGCACCCAAAAGAGCCAACGAGGUUAGAGCUUCGUAAGCUAGGGCGGGGAAGCUCCGCCCAAGAACAACAAACCUGGCGAUCAGCACUAUGAAUUCUACGACUGCUUGUUCCUUAUUUACAUACUUAUGAACGCCUUCGUCAGAUCUCAGUUACCGCUCCAUCUCACAGAUUCUCACGCAUUGCAUGAUGGCCUCUUCACAAACCAAGAGAAUAGUAUUCACGGGUGGUUCUGGAGUCGCAGGACGCCAUGUAAUCGAGAAGUUGCUUACUUUCGGCCAUGAGAUACUCAACGUGGAUGCAACGCCUCUAGACAAUCCCAAUGUACACACUUUGAAGGCCGAUCUCACGGAUGGGGCGCAGGCUUUCAACAGUCUGUCUUGUCACUUCAAGAUCAGUGAACCCUUUAUGGAGCCAGUCAAGACGCCAGAUGCAGUCGUACAUUUCGCUGGCAUCCCCCAACCAAUGCGCCUCCCCGACAACGAAACUUAUCGCAUCAACACCCUGAGCUCCUACAACGUUCUCGAAACCGCCUGCAAACUCGGCAUCCGUAAAAUCAUCCUCGCAUCCAGCAUAACCGCCUACGGGAUUACCUACGCCGAAGGCAACGUCUCCUACCCGCACUUCCCCCUCACAGAAACCAGUCCCACAAGCCCCAUGGACGUCUACGCCACCAGUAAACUCUGUAUGGAAACCACUGCCGCCUCCUUCGCUCGCCGCUUUCCCAGCGUAGAUAUCUACUGCCUGCGCAUCUCCGCAGUUAUAGAACCUGAAAACCACGCCAAGAAGUUCUCGGCGUAUUUAACUCGGCCUCGGGAUUUUAAAGUGCAUGCGUGGAGUUAUACCGAUGCGCGCGACUUGGGGAAUAUGGUGCAGUGUUGUUUGAAGACGGAUGGGUUGGGGUUCCAGAUUUUUAAUGCGGUCAAUGAUGAGAUUACGGUGCCGGAGGAAGAAGGGAGUAGUGAGGAAUGGUUGAGGAAGGCUUGCCCUGAGACAGAGGUGUUAGGCGGGCUGAGGGGGAGGGAGAGUCCAGUUUGUAAUGCGAAGAUGAAGGAGUUGUUGGGGUUUAGGGAGGAGUUUGCGUGGCGGAAGGUUUUGAGUAGAGAAGCAUAGGCUUAUGCUAGAAGGAAGAGUCGAUGCCAACGCUGUUGGCUAAGUUAGAGCAUGAAAGAUGACAAGAAUGUCGUGUAUUUAGAGGUGGAUCUGUUAUGGAUUCUAGAGGCAUCCGAUGUGACAUUCGAUGUUUUGACACAACGUGAGUUCUAGCAGAGACAUCUAGGAAACGACACCAACGGCAGUGUCGGG